AUGGAAGAUGGAAGGCGAGAUCUAGGAUGCUGGAGACAGACAUCAGAUGAUGAGCAGACGGCGACGUUUCGGUCCUCAUCAUCAGCAGAUGAAGAUAAGGAGACGACGACGUUUCGGCCCUCAUCAUCAGGAGAUGAAGAUGAGGAGACGACGACGUUUCGGUCCUCAUCAUCAGCAGAUGAAGAUAAGGAGACGACGACGUUUCGGCCCUCAUCGUCAGGAGAUGAAGAUAAGAAGACGACGACGUUUCGAUCCUCAUCGUCAGGAGAUGAAGAUAAGGAGACGACGACGUUUCGGCCCUCAUCGUCAGGAGAUGAAGAUGAGGAGACGACGACGUUUCGGUCCUCAUCAUCAGCAGAUGAAGAUAAGGAGACGACGACGUUUCGGCCCUCAUCGUCAGGAGAUGAAGAUGAGGAGACGACGACGUUUCGGUCCUCAUCAUCAGCAGAUGAAGAUAAGGAGACGACGACGUUUCGGCCCUCAUCGUCAGGAGAUGAAGAUAAGAAGACGACGACGUUUCGAUCCUCAUCGUCAGGAGAUGAAGAUAAGGAGACGACGACGUUUCGGCCCUCAUCGUCAGGAGAUGAAGAUGAGGAGACGACGACGUUUCGGUCCUCAUCAUCAGCAGAUGAAGAUAAGGAGACGACGACGUUUCGGCCCUCAUCAUCAGGAGAUGAAGAUAAGGAGACGACGACGUUUCGGUCCUCAUCAUCAGGAGAUGAAGAUAAGGAGACGACGACGACGUUUCGGCCCUCAUCAUCAGCAGAUGAAGAUAAGGAGACGACGACGUUUCGGCCCUCAUCAUCAGGAGAUGAUGAGGACGAUAUCCUGAAGAUAUCCAUGAGGAGACGACCUCCUGAACUAUCAUCAUGUCCAUUGGUCCAAAAGGUUUUCCUGUUUUUCAGGCCUCAUGAUGGAUCUUACAGUGAAUGUCGUUCACUUUGGGGAUGUCUCGUCUUCACAUUAACUUGA